UUCAGUUGAGAAACAAAAUGCUUAAAUAUCAGUUCCUUCUGAUAACAGUGCUGUUAGCAUUAACUGACCUAAUUCAAGGUCAAAAUAUCACAACUGGAAAUAACACACUCGAUGAGGAGUCCGCAAGAAAUCUUAUGCAACGAAUUGACGAUGUCUACUGGAAAAGCGCGACCGCUUAUCGUAGAUUCGCCGAUGACACUUUAAGCCCGGAGAUACUAAUGCGUGAAAAGUUGCGCGAAUUCUAUGACACUAUGCAAAAAUAUGAUUGGAAGAAUUUUAACGAUCCUUUAUUGAAGCGGCAGUUUCAAGUUAUUUUGAGAGGGGCAAGCUACCCGCCCAUUGAUCAUAAGUUUAAGCGCGCCACGCAACUACUUAAGGGUAUGUCUCGUCGCAAGUGGGUGUGUAAAAGGGAAGAACCACAAAAAUGUAAAAUGGCCUUUGUUCACCAAAUUAAAACGAUUUUUACAAACAGCGAUAAUUUAAAUGAGAUUAAAUAUUAUUGGCGGGAGUGGCGCAACAAGUUACCCUUGGACGUAAUUCAGGCUUUUCAUUACUACAUUGAUUACUAUAGAAACUUAACAGUAGCUAAUGAAACUGCAUCUAAGUAUUGGUAUGAUCAAUACGAAGACACAAACUUCCUUACUGAAUUAGAAGGCCUUAUGGAAACUAUAGGUCCAUUUUAUCGAGAAAUGCAUGCACAUUUGCGUCAUGUAUUACGCAUUAAGUAUGGUAAAGAUAUAAUCCCACCAACUGGCCUUAUACCACAUCACCUCAUGGAGCAAGUCACGUAUCAAUCGUGGAAGAAGGACUCAGUGCUGAGAAAUCCUUUCCCUGAGAAUAAGUUGCCAAAUUUGCAAUCCGAAUUGGAUGAUGCUGGCUUUUCUCCAUUUGAUUUAGUAAAUAUAAGUGCGCGAUUUUUUGGAUCAAUUGGCUUUGAAAAUUUAACAGAAAAUUUCAUGCAUGAUCAUUUUAUUGAAAUGGAACCUGGAAGUGGAGGUCCAGAUUGCAAGUCACGCAUAUUUGAUUUUGGUGAAAUUGAAAUGAAUUAUUGCCCCAAAGUUUAUUAUAAAAAGCUAUUACAAACCCACGGAGAUGUGUCUACGAUCCAAUAUGCUCUGGCAAAAAAUAACUUGAGCGUCGGUUUAAAUCAGGAAGCAAGCCCCGGCUUUGGCAAUGCAUUAGGAGAGGCAGUAAUUUUGUCAGUGUCUACACCGAAACAUCUACAACAGCGCUUAGGGUUAUUGAAGGACUAUGAAUAUGAUGAUUUACUUAACACAAAUCGCCUAUACCGCCUUGCAGUGCACAGUUUACUCACAAUUCCCACGUACUUUGUGCACGAAAAACUUUGGGUGGAUAUAAUUAAUAAGAAUAUAAGCAUAGUAGACAUCAACUGUCAUUAUUGGAACUUAAUGCAGAAGUAUAUGGGUGUAGGUAAGCCAGUAGAGAACGAAGAAGGCAGUACAUACGACAUGCCUUACAAGUUUUAUGAAGGCAUAGUGGAUCAGUUUAGAAGUACCAAAAAAAUCUUUGGUGAAUUUUUGGGUUAUCAAAUCUAUCGCGCAGUGUGUCUAAACAUUGGUGAGUACCAACGAGGCAAUGCCUACAAAACUCUGGACAAUUGCGAUCUUGCUGGUAACAAACAAGUAGGACAUCUUCUAAAUGAAAUGAUGUCUGCUGGUUCCAGCAAACCAUGGCGUGAAAUUAUAAAACCCCUUACUGUGCGUAAGCUGACUCAUCUUACAGGAACAGCCUUCAUAGAAUACUACAAUUCAAUAAACGAAUGGUUGAGUGAGGAUAACUUGAGUAAAAAUUUGCAAGUCGGCUGGACUGCAACAGAUAGAUGCACAAAGGCACAAUAAACACAACUGCACAAUUUGACGAAAGAAUAAAAUCGCAAUUUUUUAUAGUUUUCAAGCUAUAAAU